UUAUUCUUUCCUUCUUAACUUUUAAAUAACAAGAUAUACAUCCCAAAGCGAGAUAUUAACAAACAAUAAAGAAAUGGAUAAAUGUGAAAAAUGUGGUGAAUCAUAUAAAGGUUUUUUUAAUAUAAAAUAUAAAUGGUGUAAACCCUGUCAAAUAAAUCGAUUAAAAAAUUAUACUAAAAUCAGCGGAGAUAAAAAAAUUGAUGAAUUUAUUCAAGAAAUAAAUUCAAAAAUCAAUUGUUAUAAUGAUCUAUUAUUUGAAUGGAUACCAUAUAAUCAAUUUAAUGAUGUUGAAUUAAUAGGUAAAGGUGGUUUUUCUACAGUAUGUUCAGCGAUAUGGAAGGAUGGUCCAUUAAAUUAUGAUGUGAAUAAAAUGGAAUGGACGACAAGAAAAGAAAGAGCUAAUAAAAAAGUCGCUUUAAAAUGUUUAAUUGACUCACAAAAUAUUACAAGUGAAUUUCUAAGCGAGAUUAAAAUACAUACAAUAAUGAAUUCUCAUCAUAUUCUUAAAGCAUAUGGAAUAUCACAAAAUCCAGUAACAAAAGAAUAUAUUAUGGUUUUCGAAUUUGUGGAAGGCGGAAGUCUUAAUGAUUGGAUAAAUAAAAAUUUUAUUAACUUAAGUUGGAAAAAUAAAUUAAAAUCAUUAUUUAAUAUUUUUAAUGCUCUUGAUGAACUUCAUCAAAAAGGAUUUGUUCAUCAUGAUUUUCAUACGGGAAAUAUUUUAAUUAAAAAUGGUAAUUUUCCACAUAUUUCAGAUAUGGGAUUGUGUAGAGAAGCAAGUAAUAACGAUGAAACAAAAAUUUUUGGAGUUAUGCCUUAUUUAGACCCUAACGUGCUAAAAGGAAACCCUUAUACCCAAGCGUCAGAUAUAUAUAGUGCUGGUAUGAUUAUGUAUUUUAUAGCAACUGGAAGACAACCUUUUGCCAAUUGUCCACACGACGAAUUUUUAGCGAUAAACAUAUGUAAAGGUGAUAGACCCGUAAUAAAUAAGACGGAAGCACCAAAGUGUUACGUUGAAUUAAUGGAAAAAUGUUGGGAUUCAAGUCCAGACAAAAGACCGAAAAUAGCUGAAUUAAAAAAAGAAAUUUUGAUAUUUUAUGCUUCAUACACAAAGAAUGAAUCAGGAUUUAAAACUCUAAUGAAAAUUGAAAAGAAACAAGAGCAUUAUGAAAUUGAAAACCAAUUCAAGGAAGCGGAAGAACAUCGAAAGUCAUUAUCUAGUGAAUCAAAUCCUCAUUUACAAGCUAUUUAUACAUCUCGAUUACUUAAUUCUUUUACAAAGAACAUUUCAAAAUACGAUAAUGUUAAUAAUAAUUCCGUAGAAAUUAUUGACUUUACAACCUUGUAAAAUUAAUCUCAUUCUAGGAAGAAAGGGUAAAAGAAUUUCAAAAUAUUUUAAAUAGAUUUUUUUGGGUAUAAAUAUAAUUUUGUUUAAUUCAUUAUGAAUUUAUAUUUAGUUUUUACUAUUUCGUAUUUAUUUAUUUUACGUUUUGACUAGACCAGUAUUAGAGAUUAAUUCCUUAAUUUAGGCCAACAAUUCGUGAUUAAUUCCGGCCAAAAUUAACGAAAAUUUUAGUCAUGUUUAUUUGUGAAUUCUCUGUUUUAUUAAAAUUGUCGAAUAUUUAAAAAUAUUUUCAUUAAAAUUUUAUCAGGUCAAAACACGUUUUCAUUGAAGAUGUUUAAAUAUUCGGUUAAAAUCAUGCCAAAUUAGUCCGAGUUUUCA